GAUGGCGGCCAACGGUGAGAAAGUCCCGAUUCCUCCGCGAACUUACGGCAAAAAACCUGAUGUUUUCCAGUUUGAGGAAGGUGGAGACAAGUUCAUGAUCGGUUCUGAGGUUGGGUACUAUCUGCGCAUGUUCCGUGGCUCACUCUACAAAAAGUACCCAUCGCUAUGGAGAAAGUUGGCAACAGUAGAAGAACGCAAGAAAAUAGUCACAAUAGGAGAUCGUUUCGGCCAACAUGGACUUGCCACCAACGUUACUCUCCUGAAGUCCACAGAGGUUGAGGAGAUCCUCGAGGGCCGGGAUUCAAAGUACCGGGCAGUCGCAAUCAGCACAGACACCAAUAACCUACGAGAAGCUAAACCCAAACGCAGCAGGGAUUGGGUACCAGCUAUACCAAACAGCUCACAUCACCUGGACGCUGUACCGUGCUCCACCAGCAUCUCUCGUAAUCGAGUCGGUCCGAAAAGACAACGAACAUUUCCCAUGUGCUAUGAUGAUCAUGAUCCAGCCAUAAUCCAUGACAAUGCAGACAUGCCAGAGACACUAGUACCCAUCAGGCUUGAUAUGGAGAUUGAAGGUCAGAAACUCAGGGACACCUUUACGUGGAAUAAGAACGAGACAUUAAUCACGCCUGAGAUGUUCGCUGAAAUUUUAUGCGAGGAUCUGGAUCUCCCUCCAGUCAACUUUGUACAGUCCAUCGCCCAAGCCAUCCGUACACAGAUUGAUGCCUUCCCAGCAGACACAAGUAUACUGGAGGACCAAUCGGAUCAGAGAGUCAUUUUGAAGUUGAACAUCCACGUUGGAAACAUCUCCCUAGUGGAUCAGUUUGAGUGGGACAUGGCUUGCAAAGACAACAGCCCGGAGGAAUACGCCCUCAAGCUGUGCGCCGACCUGGGUCUGGGCGGUGAGUUUGUAACGGCCAUCGCCUACAGCAUCAGAGGGCAACUCAGCUGGCAUCAGAGAACAUAUGCUUUCAGUGAAUCCCCCUUACCCACUGUUGAGAUUGCGGUACGUAACCAAGGAGAAGCCGACCAAUGGUGCCCCUUCCUUGAGACGUUGACAGACGCCGAGAUGGAGAAGAAGAUCAGGGAUCAAGAUCGAAAUACCAGGCGAAUGCGCCGUCUGGCCAACACUGCUCCAACUUGGUGAGGUCAAUUCAAAGGUCACCAAGGGUCGUCAAGGGUCAGUUGAUAAUAAACUAGUUCAGCUGAUUUUGUGUGCUGACCUCUCCUUGCCUUACUGGCUGUUGCUCAAGAUUGAAUCACCAUAUUGGUGACCCAGAACAGAUAGGCCACAUGCACAGGCAUGAUAUUCUUUCUACUUAAAGGCAGUGGACACUAUUGGUAAUUGUCAAAGACUUGCCUUCACAGUUGGU